UACAGAGAGAAAGAUAUAUAUAUAUAUAUACAUAUAUCUGCAUGGCACAAACUUUUGGACAAUCCUUUUACAUCUUUGGCCUUAUCAUCGCCAGUCCACCAGCUCCAGCCCAGCCAUGAGGAAAGAAGUCUGCACCAUUGUUUUUCUCCGCGCCGUCUUCACUGAGUUCUUGGCAACCAUGAUUUUUGUGUUCUUUGGUUUGGGCUCAGCCUUGAAGUGGCCAUCGGCCUUGCCAAGUGUCCUUCAGAUUUCCCUGACAUUUGGCUUGGCAAUUGCAACAAUGGUACAGACCUUUGGUCAUAUCAGCGGUGGUCAUAUCAACCCAGCGGUCACCAUCGCCUUCUUCGUUGGGAACCAGAUCUCUUUCCUCCGGAUGUUGUUUUACAUCGUGGCUCAGCUGCUGGGGGCCAUUGCUGGUGCAGGCAUCCUUUAUGGAGUGACUCCCUCCAAUGCCCGUGGUAAUCUGGCAGCCAAUGGGCUUAGCAACAACACAACAGCAGGUCAGGCUGUGGUCGUGGAGAUUAUCCUGACUUUCCAGCUUGUCUUGUGCAUUUUUGCCUCAACCGACAACCGCCGAAAUGACAAAGUGGGAUCUCCGUCUCUCUCCAUUGGAUUGUCAGUCACCCUGGGCUGUCUGGUGGGGAUCUAUUUCACUGGCUGCUCUAUGAAUCCUGCCAGGUCUUUUGGACCUGCGGUUGUCAUGAAAAGAUUUACCUCUGCUCACUGGGUGUUCUGGGUUGGACCCAUUUCUGGAGGCAUUCUAGCUUCUCUGUUGUACAACUACCUUCUGCUUCCUCACUCAAUGAAUAUGUCUGAAAGAGUGGCCAUCAUCAAAGGUACUUACGAGUCAGAGGAAGAGUGGGAAGAGAAAGAGAAAAGCAUGGAAAUGUCUUCUCCAUAAACAAAGACGAUCAGAAGGAGAGGGAGAGAAGGAACCUGAUGGCUUGCAUGAUGAUAAACACUCACUGCAUAUCUUGUAAGCCCAAGAAACUUCCCCCAGUGCCCUGGACCUGAAGAGUCUAAAUACUUGCCUAAAUAACUGUCUUGAACCCGCGGCUGCAUGUAUGUGAGUGCAUGAGAAAACGUGGCUCAUUCAAACAGCAAAAAUCAGACAAGGACAGGACCUUCACGUCCUGGGAGUACAAAAAUCUGGAUGUGCUCCAGGACUGUUCUAUCCACAUUUUUUUUUCACAACAGGGCACAGUCAUUUGUUUAAAUAUUGACAUCUGACUUCAUGGCAGGAGUCCAGAAUUUGCCACUAUAGGUUUAUUGAUAUGCUCCAGACAUUUUUGGGGGGUGGGGUGGGGGUGGAGCACAGUGACUUGAGCUCAUCUCAUCUAGGCAUCAAUAUUUGUCACUUGUUUUGAGAUGCGUAGGAUAUCUUUAAUCUUAAUAUUUAAGGCAGCCAAAAUAUGAGGCGAAACCCUGGGCUGAAGGCUGCUGUGGUUGGCUUGUGAAAGAGGGAAAAACUGACAGCAGCUUUGCACUGAAGCCUGUGAGGAUUUAUAGGAAGUCCCCGAAAGGCAAAUCUUUAAAAAAAAAGGUAGUACUUUAAGAUCCAUAAAUGGUUUUCUUUUCAUAGAAUGCCAAGGGAAGCAAGCGUCCUCAGGAAAUGCCUUUAGCUAUUCCCUUCCUCAAGUGAUUUCAGGGUUCAAAGGGAAUAGAGCACAUCAAAGUUCCUUGCUUUGGCUUAAUUUCCAUCUUACAUAGAUCCCCCAAAGCAACAGACAAAAAUCCUUUCAGGGCUGUUCAAUGGAGCUCAGUCUAUCUCCCAUAGCCAUUUAGGUUAUCCUGACUCAAUUCUUCCAUGUUUCUGAUGCUGAGAGAGAAGGAGCAGAGAGUGGAGAGUUGCCAUCAUUAGAUCAAGUCAACGGGGGAGAUCAGAAGUGCAAUUAAUUGGUAGAAAUGGGACCAGGAGUAGAACCAAUAGCAGUAGAUGGAAAUUGGCUCUGAUAGCUGACAACAAUGUGCUGGGAUUCCAGAUACAGACAGAGAAGCAGCAUAGGAAGGUGCAAUAACACGGGAGUGUGAUGCACUUAUAAUACCUGAUGAGUCACCAUUUCACUCUCCCUUUCCCGCCUCAGGGUAACACCAAAUGGAUUCCCUCCCCCCCCCUGCCCUCCACAAAAGAAUGCGGAUAAUUUUAGAAAGAAUUCUCCCCAGAAUGAGAACGAUAUGAUUUUUCUUAGUGCUCUGGAGAAAGAUCAGGACCAGAUAACGUCCAUGUGGACAAAAUUAAAUUGGCUUCAAAAGGGUUCUCUGGUGGACCUUAGGAAAUUGAUAUAUAGGGCAGGGGGAAGACUCCUUCUCCACUUAGAAAUCUUAAAUAAACUAAUUUGAGCUCAAUGAGUGCCUGAUUGGGGGGCGGGGCCGAUCUAUUUGCAGAGAAAGAUAAUCUUAUCUGGAGGCCUAAAGACCAAGAGAAAGUUCCCUGAGUGACAACGGAGGUGGUUCACUUCAAGGGAAUGUGAGGAAAGGCCAAACCAAAAGUUGAAUUUUAAGAAAGUCUACCACCUUUUAUGAGGGGGGAAAGCCCCCUCAUUCUUCACUUAAAAGUCCAGAACAAAUGUUACACACUUGUCUGCUUUAUAACUUAAUUUUGGAGGGAACAGGCCAUGCCCAACUAUUGUUUUUCUGCAAAAGAAGAAUCUAUUUUGCCUGGGAGCUUUAUCAUUAUUUGUUGUAUAUUGUAUUAUU